AUGGAGGAAAUAAGAAAGCAACAAAUCUGUCACAAGCUGUGUUCUAAUAUGGCCACUUUCCUAUUGGUUCUUGUUCUCUUUUCAGUUUUCUUUUUCUUUUCAGUUUCUGUAUUCUCUCCUUCCCUUCUUACACUACUGAUUACUCUUCUAUCUACCAUGUUUCUUGUCAUACUCACAAAGAAAAAAGGGUCCCCACAUGAAAAUCUAGUCCAAGAUAACCUGCAGAAAUCAGAGAUACACCCUUCAUUAGGAGAUGUUACUCAGACUGAGGCUACCCAACAAGGUGAAAUUGCUGAGAGGCAGGAGCAGCAAGCUGAAGCGCAGUCAUGUUCUUCAUUUCCAUUAGAUAGUGAAAGCAGCAACAUCAUGGACAAAAGUUUUGAACUCACUGCUCAGAUGUAUGAGCAACAAUCUGAUCCGCAGUCAGAUUCUUCAUUUCCUUCAGAUAGUGAAAGCAGUACUGACUCAAUCAUAAGUGAAAGUUUUGAGAUUGAUCACAAUAGAACUCAAAAUCUAGGUAUAUCUGAUAGCUUGGCCUCUGACAAUGAUGAUGAUGAGGAGGAUGGUUUGAUUGAAAUCAAACUUCCAAGUGGCCACUUCUCUGGUUUAACUGAAGAUCCUAAUCAAAAGUUGGAAUCCAAUUUCUAUCAGCAGGGUCUCAGGGAGCUCUUAGCAGAAAUCAAUGAGAUGAAUGAGGAUGAAAAUUUAAUUGAGAUUGAUAUUUCCAUGGGAUCCACCAAAUAUCAAGAUUUGAGAUUGAAGGAGUUGGCGUAUUUAGGAGAUCAAUCUCUUAGUGAUUGA